CUUCCUGACGUACCCUUACCGCUGGGCUAUCUAUCACUCUUUACUCUAUUUUUCUCUACUCUUUUUGUCCCUUUCCCCUCACCCGUACAGCGCCGUGGAGGUGCCCUCGCACGAGAGGCAGUAACAGCGCUGUACUUAUCUCUUCCUUUUCCCCUUCUAAAACCACUCACACGCGACCGGUCGCGCGUAUUCCGAUCUCGUUUGUUCGGCUACUGACACUGCCGCGAUGCCUCCCCAGCCCAGCGGUAAGGCCGUGAAGAAGGCCGGCAAGGCGCAGAAGAACGUGCGCGCCACCGACAAGAAGAAGAAGAAGCGCCGCAGGAAGGAGAGCUUCUCCAUCUAUAUCUACAAGGUGCUGAAGCAGGUGCACCCGGACACUGGAGUCUCCAGCAAGGCCAUGUCUAUCAUGAACAGCUUCGUGAACGACAUCUUCGAGCGUAUCGCCGCGGAGUCGUCCCGUCUGGCUCACUACAACAAGCGCUCGACCAUCACGAGCCGGGAGAUCCAGACGGCCGUGCGUCUGCUGUUGCCCGGUGAGCUGGCCAAACACGCCGUGUCCGAGGGCACCAAAGCCGUCACCAAGUACACCAGCUCCAAGUAGGCGACCGAGCGCUCGUCCGCGCAGCCAACACCCAACGGCUCUUCUCAGAGCCACCCAAGGUGUCUGCAUUGGCAUUGGGAUGUAGCGAGAAUCUCGACAAUUCCGUCCGUUCCCUCUGUUUGACGCUUCCUCGUUUGCAAACGCCAGGCGCGCGCUGUUUGCGUUCUCGUUGUGACAGCGCGUGCGCUGAAAGAUUUGUAGCAGAAACGCACAGAACGCCAUGCGCUCAGCACAACAACACACACACAAAAAGGGACUCUCACGCGCCGAUAGGGCCAUUUUACUCCGCAUUGGCUGCUUCAACACAGCGCAGCGGAUGUCUCGCCAUUCAGUUCCGUUUGCCAGAACUGCACUGCUGGCGUUGAUGAAACUCUCGCACACGUACUUCUCGACUGCGCCGCAUAUAUCUCAGCUCGUGAAAUCCUAAUCGACGCCCAGGACUCCCCAUAGCCCGUCCCGAGGACUUUCUGUUUCCUAGGGGUCUUGCGGGUUUACUCAAAAGAGCCUUCCCAGCUCUCAUUGAUUUCUUUGAGUCGUCGAACCUUACCACGCGGCCAUCGGCGCCGUUUCACGCUUCUUUUCUUCACGGCCUUACGCUCGUCCUCUCCCGUAUUUGUUUCUCUUCACUCCUUUAUUCGCCUUACCCUCCCCCGUGCAGUACUGUUGAGGUGACCUCCUAAGCGAGAGACUGUUGCGGUACUGCACUCUUCUCUUCUUUUACCAGUUCAACGUCACUUACUACUACUUCUUGUUUACAAACACGCGGCGCGCGCUGUCGGACAGCGCGUGUGCUACAACUUUUGUAGCAGAGCCGCACAGGAAGCCAUGGGCUCAGCACAACAACACGCACAAAGCAAGUAUGGGAUGGGGCGCGUGAGGCGACUCUGCGCGAGCGGCCACGUUCGCCUGCACUAAUUACCACGGCGCGUGUUUCACACACCUAGGACGAUGAGGCGGUCGUUGCUGCACAUUUACUUAAUUCUGGUGUAGCGUAACUUUUAAAAGCAGGCAGCCCUCAUCCCUCUUUUGUUUUUUUCACGCUUUAUGUCUUCUCUUGUUUCGACGCGCUUUUAAAAGCGGGUCCUGAGGUGUGCCUUCAUGGCUGCUAGAAUGCCCUCUCGGCGGCCGCCCGCACGUAGGCAGCAGUGCUCCGGACUGAAAUUCAGAGCCGCGCCAUGCCAGUGCCGCAUCGCUGUAGCAGUGGCUGGCGAGCGGAAAUGGGUUAGCACGUUCACGAAGCAGCAGUGCGUAAGGGAUAUUUUACACUGUUAUUACAAAUGUAUGUGUGAGUGGCUUUAAAAGGGGGAAAAGGAAGAGAUAAGUACAGCGCUGUUACUGCCUCUCGUGCGAGGGCACCUUCACGGCGCUGUACGGGUGAGGGGAAAGGGAUAAGAAAGGGUAGUGAAGAAAACAGAGUAUAAAAGUGAAUUAUUACAAAUGUAAGCUCUCCGCACACUUACAUAGCUAGCGGUUUCGCGCGCGCCCUGCGUAUAGCUGCCUUCGUACGGGGCGACGGGAGAGGGAGGAGGUCGGAGCGCCGUCAACAAUGCCCUCUCUCUCUUCCGUCCCCUAGAAUGCUGAAUUGGGCUCGCGCGCGCGUCUUACGCUGGUUUCGGUGACGUUAUC